UUAUGUAGUAGUGGAUGAUCGAUUGGAAGUAUGGAAGUGGCGACUUUCUUGUUCUUUACCUAGUUGCAGGUACUGCCCUUUUUUUGCAAAUGCUUUGGGAAUUUUGUCUCGGGCCUCAGAGAAGAUGGGGGGAGAGGGGAGAAGCUGAAACGAAGAAGAUGAUUAGCGACUGACCUGCUGUAGGUGACUAGCCUGUCAAAACUCAAAACCAUUGCCAGUUGCUCGCGCCUUCUGGUGGAGGAAACGGAAGCCGUCGUUCAUGGCAGAAUUCAGAAAACCAUGCGUGAUGGGCCGAGGCUAUAAGCCCAUGGCUGCGCGCUCGAGAGGGGGCGGCACGGCACAUGCCGCGCGUGGCCUGACCGGCAUGGCCAGGCCAGCUGGCCACUGGGCGCGAGCCGCAGCCCUCAGGGUCGGUCAGUUUCGCGCUCCUUUCUUUAUUUGCUCUUGAGCACUCGAAUUUACUGUACGCCGCAACUGCCCGCAAGCGACGACCGGGGCGCACCUGCUGCUUUUGAGGCAGCCGAAAGGCUCAGCGCUGCACUUUGUCUGCACUCUGCAGGCCAUAGCUGAGCCUCGCUGCCUCGGCAUGCAGAAAGAUGGGCUCCUCCCCCCACAGCUUUUGGACACGCCCACCCAGCAUCGCAUCACAUAAAAUUGUUUAAUGAAUUCAGAGCUGCAGAGUGCAAAGGCACCGGCCUCGUGCGGUCGUGCCUAGCCGCUUCCUCCCAUAAUGGCCGGGAAUCUUGUUGAAUUUAAGUACUACUAGUAUGCAAGGGUUAAUGUGAUUGCAUUUGGUUUAAAGACCUUAAGCUCUGGUCUUAUUCUCAAAACACAUGGAAUUAAACCACAAGACUACAUGUUGCAACUGUUGUGAGUAAUUUAGAUGCAAAUUUAGAUAGGCAAAAAGCUCUGUGGUGUUGUGCAGGAAUCCAGGGCCACAGAGACUCAUGCCUCGGCGCUUUCUUCCGUAAUGGCCGGCCGGGGCCCGGGAAGCUUAUUGGUUUUGAGUACUACUAGCAGGACUCUUCUUGUCCAGUGUGUGUUCUCCCGCCAAUGUUUUCCAAGAUUCUCCCAACCAUAGUUCUCUCAGGUCCCUAGCAAACGAAACACGCGCACACAUAGCCAAAGAAACGAAGCCAGAGAGAGGAAAGGAAAGAAGACGAUUACAACGACUCAGCAGCGGCAGCAGCAGGCUGCAGUUUCUGCCCUGCACAAUAAAUCCAAGAGGCGCCGGAGGGACGGGCGCAGGCGCGCAGUCGUCAUACUCCCCGAGAAGCCGCAUUGGAUGCCCCCUCUACCCACUCUCGCCUCUACCCUCGCCAUUAUCGCUGACCCAAGCAACAUUCCCUGGUUCUUGGUUCCUCCUCCGCAAUCUCUGUGGUUCUGGGCAGCGCGGGAGCAAUUGGUUUCUGAAUUCUAAAGAUGGGGCCGAGUGGUUCGUGAGGCAUCCGGGCUCCCUGCUUCUUGGUAGCCCUCGGCAUUGUCGUCCUAUCGUUUUUGGAGUGCGGGCUGGGUGUUAAUCCGGCCAUGAGGAAGCACGGGUGGCAGCUGCCCUACCACCCUCUCCAGGUUGUGGCAAUUGCUGUGUUCUCGGCACUGGGUUUCGCCUUCUAUGUCUUCUUCGUGCCGUUCGUGGGGACGAAGUCUUUCCAGAUUGUGGCCAUAGCUAUCUACACUCCAUUGAUUACAUGUGUUGUUGUGUUAUACAUAUGGUGUGCCGCAACAAAUCCUGGAGACCCGGGCAUUUUCAAUUCAACAAAGGAUUUGAAGUUAGAUAAGCAUGAAAAGCACUCCAACAUAAAUUCAGAUCAGGGAAUUAGUCAUGGAGGAAGGCCAUUAGGUGAGGCUGUUGGUACUGCUGAUAAUAGUGAGAAGCUGAGUAGCAUGCUUGAGAGGAAGGAUUCACCUUCUUGGCCCAGAUUUUCUGGAAUACUUUGCUUGGUUUGUUUCCCAUUCUCUUGCCUUUGCAAGGGAUGCCUCCAUUCUGAUAAUCAACCUUCAGAACAGAACAUAUGUGAAGAAGGCAUGUUUUUCUGCAGUUUAUGCGAAGCUGAGGUUUUAAAGAACAGUAAGCAUUGCAGAGUGUGUGACAAGUGUGUUGAUGGCUUUGAUCACCAUUGCAGAUGGCUUAACAAUUGCAUAGGGAAAAGGAACUACAAGGGUUUUUUUGUUCUAAUGGCUUCUGCAGUAAUCCUACUUGUGAUGCAGUGGUUGUCUGGAGCUGUUGUGUUGAUUCUCUGUAUUGUUAAGCGAGGAGAAUUCUCCAGGCAGAUUGUCACAAAGUUGGGAAGCAGCUUCUCAACUGUAGCUUUUGUAAUUGUUGUGGCAACUUGCACCAUUUUAGCAAUGGUUGCAACCGUACCGCUCGUUCAACUUUUAUUCUUCCAUAUGCUUCUUAUCAAGAAGGGAAUUAGCACAUAUGAUUACAUCAUAGCUUUGAGGGAGCAGGAGGAUCAACAAGAGGUUCCUGGACAUCAGAGUCCGCAGAUGUCUAUUAUAAGCUCUGUUACUGGAUUUAGCACAGCCAGUUCUUUUGGACCACUUCAUCGUGGUUCAUGGUGCACUCCACCACGAUUAUUCCUAGAAGACCAGUUUGAUGUCGUUCCUCCAGAGGUCGGCGUGUCACAGAAUUCAGGCUGUAAGAAAAUGAAGGAAGAGGAAGGAGCAAGGAGAAAAACUGGAGCAGUGAAAAUCAGUCCAUGGACACUGGCGCGCCUUAACGCUGAGGAAGUUUCUAAAGCAGCCGCGGAGGCAAGGAAGAAAUCCAAAAUCCUGAAGCCAAUUACAAAAUAUGAUGCUCCAGACAAUGGCGGUAAACCAGAUCAUAAGCUCAGCAUCAAAAGAAGAUCAGACAGAAGAGGUUUUCCGGCUGAACUUUCUCUUGACCCUCUUGCUACUCUAUCGGCAAGCGGCACUGAAAGCAACUUCAGUGACGCGGGCACAGAAAUCUCCAGCAGUUUAGCCCCAUUACAGCUUGAAGCGAGAAGCGCUUUCCAACCGAGUACUGCAGGAUCCACCAGAAACAUUACUUCAUCACCCGAAAGCAGCUUCGACUCGCCUGAUCUCCACCCCUUCUGCAUUUCUUCAUCCACAGCUGAAGAGAUGCAGGGAGUCAUGCUGCAUUCAGUUCAUAAGGGCAUUGAGUUCACAAGAUCAUCAAGCGAUGGGUAUGAAGCAUCAGGAGGGGAAGAUAGCGACCGGAUCCCUUCAAGAAUCGUGCACAGAUCGUCAAACUGGGACAAUGUCAUUCUGAAUGCUGGUCAGACAGGCCCAGCAGUUGAUCUGCACAUGCAAUCAUCAGAAGGGUUCGUUACUAACUCGAAGUAAAGCUAGCUUCCAGGUGGUCUCUGAUUUGCGAAUCAUAUGGAGUUGUGCGUGUUGGUUGUAGAGAAUUGCUGGGUGGCAGAGUGGUGUUGACAAGACAUUGACUAGUCACCGGUCUUAGGGUUAGUUUAGGUGCUUAAAUUUACCAAUUUUAUGUGGGGGAUUAGAUUAACUCUAGGCGCUAAAUUUAGCCGAUUGCAUGUCAAUUCCAGGUGCUAAAUUUAUCUGAUUACAUGUCUCAUGCAAAUACCUCUGUUCUUAAAUAUAUGAACUAAUUAGGUUGCUCUAGAUGUUAUACAUUUAAGAACAGAGGUAGUACGAAGUUGUGUGAA